CCAGUAAUUACAAUGUCAACUUCAUCUACACUUUAUUAUAUUGAAGAUUAUGAACUAGUCUCUGCUUACUUAACUAAGCCUAAAGAUUAUGAACCAGAGCCUACUUACUUAGAUAGACCAGUUUAUUUACCAGUCUAUUCAAAUAGACAUAAAGAAUAUAAAGCAACACCUACUUGCCAGAAUAAACCUGAAGUUGAUGAAAUAUAUCAAGCUAGUAACAGAUAUACAAGAUAA